UUUUUUUUUUCUUUUCUUCCAUUUCCAAUUUAAUUCAGUUUCAGCAAAUUUUUCAUUUCGAAUCUCCUCUCUCUCUAGGUUUUAGUCCCGCCCAAGCAAAGUAAACGGAGCUCAUCCAUCGUCUCCGACGAUUCGUCUCCGUUGUAUAGCUGUUAACGCCACCACGAGUUAUUGAUGGUUUGGUUUGCCUAGCAAUAUCGCAAGGAUGCAGGUUGACCCACAACAAUUGCAAGAUGUUCCAACACGCCAUUGCUGGAGUUUUGGCAGUAUUAAUCAUCCAUCUAGCCAGUCCAGAAAGAUUUCAAUCGGAGUUAUGGUAGAUUCGAUACCGAAGAAACCAUCUGAAGCUUCAAAGGAAGGUGACAUUGCAGGGCUAAAUGCUGUAAGGGUAAAGAAUGCAAGCCACUCGGUGCAAGGAAAAGGCAAGAUCGUAGAAAUGACAGCAACCAAGAAAACAAAACAAACUGAAGCAACAGAGCUGACAAACUCGCCAUGGAUUUCAACCAGGCAAAAAGUAAUCACUUCAGAGACCGUUCCUUGUCCAGGACGAGUUCCUGAUUUAGCACCCAGUGGGAGGCGGGGCGAACUUGACGGAGCCAAGGAUGCAGCAGCAACAUGUUCAUUUUCCACGAAGCAUGCCUCAGCUUUACAGUCUGAUGAUGAUGUUAGUCAGAAUAAGUUUAAUGGGGUUUCCUACAAAAGGAAAGGAAGGAAGGACGGAAGAAGAGAGAGCGUGAAGGAGUUCACUUUUGCAACGGUGCAGGAUGUACUGAGGCCAGAUGAAGAAGUGUUAAAGGACAAAACGAAUACAACAGAAAAUGGAAGAACUGAAACUCUAAGACUGAAGCUCCAGGAGAUAUUGGGCACUGUUUCAUCACCCAAUAAGUCUCCAACCUAUGAGUUAGGUGGCAAUGCUGCAGAGCCGGAUAAAGAAUUUGAGAAGAUGGACGAGGCAGUUGUGAAGCCUAGACGGAUUUCUGAUAAGCAAGAGAAGAAAUUUGAUCAGAUGGCCGACAAUGAUUAUUAUUCUAACUCUCCAACUCGUGGGUUUGGUGCCAAUAUGUCAAAGAGAGAUAAAAAAGUUGAUCAGAUGGGAGAUGCAGUUUUCAAGCCGAAACGGGGUUCUGAUAAGCAAGAGCAGAAACUUGGUCAGAAGGGUCAUAAACCAUACAAGCUUAGACAGAACUCUGAUACAAUAGAAACUGAGUCCGACUCUCCUGAUAAUAGAGUCAGGAGACCUGUGACUCGUGCUCUGACCCGGAAGAGGGCUCCAACCAAGGUACAAAAGAACACUACAAAGAGCGGUCAGCUCUUUGGUUACAAACUGAAGCGCCAAGACAAGAACAUCCACUCUUGCAAAGGUGGAUUUCCCAGAAGGCUACAUGCUGCUGUCAGCAGUAGUUCCCCCAAGGCGACACAACAGAAAAAUGAUAAAAAUAAUUCGAGAGUUGAGCCACGUAGGUUAUUUCACGAAAGGGAUGUGGCAGAUGUCAUUCAGAAAGUAACUCAAGGGAGUGAAACACUACUUCCUGCUCAAAGAACAUCUUCAUUUGGCAAUAAAAUGAGAGAUCAUCUUGAGCCAGAAAAGAAAAUCCCACAAGCGAGUUCUUACAAUACACCACGGAUAAACGACAGAGAUAAUCAGCACGUGGAUUUUGACAGUCCAGAAAACAUAGACCAACGUGAAGAAUUUGGUGUGCCGUCUGCGAGGAAACAAGAACACAUUGUUAGCCCACUUGUAAGGAAUGCUGUAAACUUACAAGAUCAACAAGAAGACAUUGAUAGCCCACCUGUAAGGAACGAUGUAAAUCUACAAGAUCUCCCAAGUCCAACUCUAGGAAUAAAUACACCUGCAUCAAGUGCUUCCCUUGCAUCAACGCCGAAAGUAGACCGUAUGGGAGAAAUUUGUGGUUUCAGGGCACUGCAAAGAGAAAAAUCAGACAGUGAUGACGAUGCACACAGGAAAUUUUCUGAUGCUGCAAAGAAGCUUAAGGAUUCUCUGAAGGGAAAAACAUCACCAAACAUGGAAGAGAACGAUUCAGAAACUCGUCUCUCUGAAGAUGCAGAAACUAGUCUCUCUGAACCAUCAUCUGAUGAUGGGCACUCGGAGAGUUCUGAAGAUGUUUCUCCCAUAACUGAUGAUUAUAACCGUUGCAGAGAAAGCCUCACAUUAUCUCCGGAAACAAGUCCUAAGAAAAUGAAGUUCAUUCCUCGUCCUGCUAAAAGGCUCCGCAACCAUGACAUCAAUGUUCAGUUUGAUCAAAUCAAUACCCCAUCACUCCCUAUUAAGGGGAAUGGAGAAAGCAAAUGGAUACCAGAAUCUUCAGGGCACAACCAAGUGGAUGGACUAACUAGGGCUGUUGAACAGUUCGCAUUGGAAUUAGAAAAACUUAAAAGCAAAAUUAAAUUGGCGACUAGCAAAAAGUCCUCCGAAAUUCUGAUGUCUGUUGGCCAAGAUGUACAUCUGAAAUUGCAGAAUGUGGAGUCCCAAAUUCAAACAGACAUGGGGAAGCUAAAAAACCUCAGUACAUUAAAGCGAAAAAGGAUGAAAACGAGAUUUGAAGAGCAACAAGACAAAUUACGACUGAUAUAUGAAACGUUCAAGGAACAGGUCAAUGAACAUCUGCAAGAUUGCAAAAGCACGUUUGAAGGGCCCGAAGCGGACGAGUUAGAGUUUAAAGGAACUCUGGAAAAGCGAAAAACAUCACAUCAAAAGCUUCUCUUGCAAGUGGAAGGGGCAAUUGAGACCACACUAAAUGACGCCCAAAGGAAAAUCACGGCAACCCAUGAGUUGGCGCGGGGAAAGAUGCUUCAGUUAAAGCAAAUUUUAGCUUUGUGUUUGAAGGAGAAUUAGACACGAGUCAUGACGGCUGAACCAGGAAGCUAUGAACGCGCUUAAAUCUCGACUUUAAAGGAGAUUAGUAACCUCUUGCAUUUUAGACCUAAACUGCUUUGAGCAUUAUCUUCUUCUUCCUCCUCUUCUCUCCUUUGUUUCUUCUUGAUUAUACUAAUAAUUGUGAGGACAGGGCCAACUCUACAAUUUGGAAUCUUAUUGUUCUAUGAUGUUGAUAACUUGAUCAUAUGAUUUCAUAUG